GCCCCCCCAACCCAAACAUCCGAGCCGGAGCCGUAGCCCAUCCCGAGCAUGGCGGUGUUAUCGGCGGCCUAUGGGGCCUCCGCGCUCUUUGGCUUCAACCGAGAGAACUUCGAGUUCGACAAGAAGCAGACGCUGCGGAGGGAGACCUUCCGCCUGGAGAUGCAGCUGAAGCGCUUCGCGCUCUUCCGGGACGACGUGCGGGACCUGGUGAAGCUCACCGUGGACCGAAUGGACGUGUACCACCUGCUGGGCGCCCUGUUCAUGAAGUUCUGCAUCAUCGUCUUCUGCAAGGGCCGGAUCCAGGCCUCGGCGCCGCCCUUCAUCCUGCAGCUCUUCCAGCUCUCCAACGCCUGCGCCUUCAUGUAUUUGCUCCUAGCUGUGUGGCUGAGCAUGCACGCCUCCAUCGCUUCUCACUCCUUCGGGGUGAAGAUGCUUACGCGCUUUGUGCGACUGCCAAUCCCCACACAGAAUCAGAUCACGUCCUUGCAGGCCAAGCUCAUAGACUUUGAGAAGCAAGGCGUGGCGCAGAUGCUGCGCAUGCCCUUCCAAGACCACCAGGAAUGGGAGCAGGUGCGGGGCGAGAAGAUGAAGGCCGCAGCAGCAGCAUCAGGGCCACCAGAGACACCGGAGGUUUCGCAGGCAUCCGCCGUUGCCCAGCGCAAGGCGAAGGGGCCAAAGAUCCCCAAGCUCGUGGGUGGGAGCAAGACCAUGGGGCAGGUGUCCGGGCUACGUGCUGCAGCAGCCGUGGGGGCGACCAGCUCCUUGCUGCUGGAUUCCCAGGAGACCCAGCCCUUCGAGGACCUGCUGACCAGCAGCCGGGGCGCCAUGCCCGAGAGGCACGUGCAGCUCUUCCGCAAGCUGCAGUUCAAGUGGCAAUGCUACGAUGCCUACUGCCGGGUUUGCCUGGGCUUAGGCCUGAAUCACAUCCUGCAGGCACUCACCUACUACUGCAUUUGCCACACCUUGGUGGAGAACCAAAUGCCCACGCUGGGGUUUGCGCUGGUGGUGUUGUUUCAGACGGCCACCAUCUUCGUGGCCUUCUUGGACCUCGCGGGGCUGCAGCACCGGGAGAUCAUCGCGGUGCAGGUCGCCAGCAUCGCGCCGGGCGUCGUCGCGGCGCUGGAGGUAAGCCUCAGCAGCCGAGACUCGGAGGGAAAGCUGCUGACGCAGGACUUCUGGUUCUCUCCCGUCAGCUUCCUGUGUCAUGCGGUCUGGCUGGAGCUUUGGCUGCGCAUCGCCUGGCCCAGCGGCGCCGAGGAGAAGCUGGCCCAGCUGCCCCGACGCUUCCGGCAGGUGCUCUUUUUGGAUCCCUUCGGCGACUGCUUCUGGGAUCCGAACCAGAUGGGGUUCUCCUGGUUUGAAGCGCUGGACUCAGAGAAGGACACGGAGCAGGCGGCGGCCCUGCAAGCGGCGCACGACGCCGCUGGGACGACCACGUCGCAGCUGGCAAUGGCGCAGUGCGCGCUGCGGCGCUGGCAGUCAGUGCCCAGCUGGUGCUGCUCCGCCCAGCAGCGCUCCGAGCUCGCGCGCCUCGAGGAGCGCCGCACCAAGUGCGGAGGUGCCAUUCGCACAGAGCUUGAGAGGUGCGGGCGCCCGGGCCUGGAGUCCAUGAUGGACAUCUUCGAGCGCACGCUGCGGCGCUGGCAGCGCCUCACGCCGGAGGAGCAGGCCUCAGAUCCCUUCGCCAACUGCCUGCUUGGACCCUUCGAGCAGGACACCGGCGGCGGCAAGACCUCCUGCUUCUACUACGACUUGGAGAAUGAGCGGACCGUCUUCAGCGAGACGACCCAGGGCUUGCUGGUCCUCUCGCUGCCGGCACUGGUGGAGCUCAUGAAGGACUGCGAGAUGCAGGCCGAAAACCUCGUGGAGCUGCGAAUCUUGCGGGACCUCACGGUGGCGAGAAAGAACCAGGAGGUGCGUGCACGCGUUCGGGCCGCGCGGCCGCGGAGUUUGCGCCAGCGGGUGCAGACGCGGCUUAAGGAGGACUCCACGCGUUUUGGCACCAACCUGGUGGGCCUCUUCAACCAGAAGCGGCCGGCGAAGCAUGGCCACAGCUGGGCGCCGUUACCAGAGGGCGACGCUGACGAGCCGCAGUUUGCCAGGGCCUCUUCUGUGGAUAGCCAGGAUCUCACGCUGAGGGCGGUGGCAGGGAAGCACGCUGCGGACUUCGUGCCGGAGCGCUUGCCCUGGCAGAUCCUUUGCCGGCUCACCCGCAUGUGCCAGCUCACCUGGUUCAUGUGUGGCUUGAUGACGCUGCUCAAGGAGCUGGGCAUGUACCAGGUGGACUUCCAGCUGCAUGCGGCUCGCCAGCUGACAGAGUCCUUGCGGUUGCAGGAGCUGCCUGUCCACUGGCCCAACGGCAGCUUCUUCGUGGCCGAUGGAUUGUCUUGCAGCAGCGGCCUCGUCAUCAGCAGCCCCACGGGCCUCUUCCUUGGCUCAGAGGAGGGGCGGCUGGAGCUUCUGGCCCCGCGUGCGGUGCCGGGCCUGGCGAUGCUGGGCGAAGAUCUGCUGGCGCCGGCCAGGGGCGGCCUGCAAUUCUGGAGCCUCAGAGAUCUCCAGCAAGGCCUGGCCGGGGAGUACCUCCCGCUGGACGGCGGCGCCGACUGGAAGAUGGUGGCCGGAGGCCUGGUGGAGUGCCAGGAGGUGCCGCCGCUGGUGGGAACGAGCCGGGAGGGCCGCUGCCUGUUGCUUGCCGGUUGGGACGGCGAGAUGCUACCGGUCGCCGUUCUGCCCGGCUGCGCGGGCUGCGGGGCUCGGCAGCUGCUGCGCGCGGCCAAAGAGGUGAGGCCAUCUCUGGCCGCACCGUUGCCCCCAGCAGAGUCCGCCCAAGGAGUGCAGGCCAUCCACAUUGAGGGCACCCAGCUCUGGGCACUGCUUAGCGGCCAUCUGCAGGCCUGGGACCUCGCCAGCCCCAGGAGUGGGCGAUGGGUGCUGCACUGGCCCGCGGAAGCCCUUCCAGUGGUGGGCAUUUGCUUCACGAGCUGCAGCGAGAUGGAAGGCCCAGACGUCCAGCCUUUGCUGCUGCUGUCAAGGCAAGGGCCUUCCUUGCUGCGGGCUUCUGUCCCGCGCAUCUGAGCCAUAGGCCCUAGCCAAGCGCAUCCCGCGAGUCAUGGAGCUGAACUCUUCAACCCGACGCCAUAGGUGUCCUCUUUGGUUGU